GCAGGCAAUCCACUACCCGCAGCAUUACCAGUGGGCCGGGGCAGAGAGGCAGCCGCCCCCGUGGACCGAUGAGCUGGCCGAGAUGUCCCGGCACAUAUACACGCGCCAUAAAAUCGGCGAAGGACUCCAGGCACCCAUCUUUCAGGUAAACAGAGGAACCUACUCUCGCCGCAGUCGGCUGAAGAGGUCAGACGGCAGCACCACCUCCACCAGUUUCAUCCUCCGACAGGGUUCAGCUGAUUCCUACACUAGCAGACCAUCUGACUCGGAUGUCUCCCUGGAGGAAGAGCGGGAGGGCGGCAGGCAGGAGAGAGAGCAGCAGGCUGCCGUGCAGCUGGAGAGGGCCAAGGCCAAAGCAGUGGCCUUCGCUGUAAAGACCAAUGUCUGCUACUGUGGCGCCCUGGACGAGGAUGUCCCCGUAGCGGGAACUGCCAUCUCUUUUGAUGCCAAGGACUUUCUGCACAUUAAAGAGAAGUACAACAAUGACUGGUGGAUAGGACGGCUGGUGAAGGAGGGCUGUGAGAUCGGCUUCAUCCCCAGCCCUCUCAAACUGGAGAACAUCCGCAUCCAGCAGGAACAGAAAAGGAGCCGCUUCCACGGGAAACAGAAACAGAAAGUGACUGAGCACAUCCCUCCCUACGAUGUCGUCCCUUCCAUGAGGCCCGUGGUCCUGGUCGGACCCUCCCUGAAAGGAUACGAGGUGACAGACAUGAUGCAGAAAGCGCUUUUUGACUUCCUGAAGCACAGGUUCGACGGCAGGAUAUCUAUCACAAGGGUCACUGCUGACAUAUCUCUGGCCAAGAGGUCGGUACUGAACAACCCAAGUAAGAGAGCUAUCAUUGAGAGGUCCAACACCAGGUCCAGUUUAGCGGAAGUUCAAAGUGAGAUCGAGAGGAUUUUUGAGCUGGCCAGAUCCUUACAGUUGGUCGUGCUGGAUGCAGACACCAUCAACCAUCCCGCGCAGUUAAUAAAGACAUCCUUAGCGCCCAUAAUCGUCCAUGUCAAAGUGUCCUCUCCAAAGGUUUUGCAGCGGCUGAUAAAAUCACGGGGGAAGUCCCAGAGCAAACACCUGAACGUGCAGCUGGUGGCAGCGGACAAGCUGGCACAGUGCCCCCCGGAAAUGUUCGAUAUUAUCCUGGAUGAGAACCAGCUAGAGGACGCAUGCGAACACCUGGCGGAGUACCUUGAGGCCUACUGGCGUGCCACCCACACCUCAAACAGCACCCCCCUCAACCCCCUGCUGGGCCGGAACCUGGGCUCCACUGCACUUUCUCCAUAUCCCACGGCAAUCUCUGGACUACAGGGCCAAAGAAUGAGACACAGUAACCACACAGCAGACCACUCCCCUAUCGAGCGCCGCAGCCUGAUGACCUCGGACGAAAACUACCACAACGAGCGGGCACGCAAGAGCCGCAACCGCCUAUCCUCAGGCUCCCAGCAUAGCCGAGACCACUAUCCCCUGGUGGAGGAGGAGUACCAUGACCCCUACCAGGACACGUAUAAGCCUCACCGCAACCGAGGCUCCCCCGGUGGCUACAGCCACGACUCCAGGCACCGGCUUUGAGUCUGUGCCCCUCCCAAAAACCAUCUAGGCCUCUCUCUUCUCUCUGACCCAGUACAACAGAGCCGGGGCGGCUCCUGUUGAAUCGUGUCAAUCUUUUCUCUGAGUGUAAUACCUCUUUUCCCUCUGGCACUGGUUCCAGCCCACACUGCACUCCGUCUGCAGGUAAAUCCAGGCACUUCUUUUUUAAAAAAAAAUAAAACAAAAAACAAGACCUUGCAACCGAAAAGGGAGUGCAGAUUUUUUUUUUACUGGUCAGUACUGGACAGUACUGGUUUACUGCAGUAGCCGUACCUGCCGGUUCCCAUCUUUUUACAGUACGGCUCAGUUACGGUUCAGUUUGGCUAAGGUCGUAAGGGUGUGCAUGGUUGUCCGGUGACCGGCUCUCAGAGUCCGUCCGUCCCCCCCGCCGCCGUCGCUGCUUUAGCAGGGCUGGCUGUUGCAGCGUGUCGUUGCGCCUCGAACCAGUGCCAGCGUGUGGAAAUGCUAGAGCGCAGCGCGUCCCGUGUGAUCAGCACAGCGCAUCCCGUGUGAUCAGCACAGCGCAUCCCGUGUGAUCAGCACAGAAUCUUUUGCACGUUUUCAGGAGCCGAUAGAAAACAGUGUUAUUACACAUCCUCAACGCCCUUGAUUUGUUGAAAAAAAUUUGUCUUUGGUUGUGGGUAUUUGAGAAUGGUACACCUUUGAUGUACGGCGCAGGCAAAGUUUGUUUUUUGCCAAACCUUCAAGGGAAUCGUUUGUGGCUCAGACCCUUUCGCUUCCCUUGACUUCCGUCCUUUCUCUUCAGUGAUACUUAGUGCCAAUUGAGAUGAACAGUAUGAGGAGCAAGACCCACCCAGGUGUGGGACACGGCAUGGCGUAUUUUCUAAGCAGAUUUCCGAUAAUUCUGAGCAAGCUGCAAGUUGUUUUAAAACAUAUUUUCUAAAUGUACCAAAUGGCCUGCUCCAAUUCUGCAC